AUGGAUGACAUCCUUGUCUACGUCAGUGCGCAUGAGAUCCCGCUUUUCAGGAGCUCCGCGAAGUGCAUCAAGCAGAUGGUGGGCGAGGAGCAUCGACGGAGGACCGCGGACUUGCAAGAGUCAGAUGAGCACGCGAGAGAUCGGAAGAUGCAGCACGGCCCGCUGGCCAAAGGUGGAGCUGGGUGCUCCAAAGAAGGGGAAGACAAGAACAAGACUCUGGUCGUGUUUGGCUGGCGGAAAUGGUGGGGGACCAACACGAACAGGCUCCAGUCAGUGCUGCGAGGCCUCGUCCUCAAAGACGUUUUCUCCAAAGUCGUCUUCUUGAACCAGGUCGAGGGGGACAACUUCUCCGACAUCAUGAGGAAUCUGGAGGUCGUGAAGUUCAACACAACCAGCGGCAAGGACGGCGCGAAGGUCAAGGUCGAGCUGAGGAGGUGCACCAUGAUCGAGCGCGGCAAGAACGGCGAGAAGAAGAAGGUGGGGGUGGUCAAGGUGUACAAGAACGGUGAGUCUGCGGGCCAGGUCCAUUUCGACAGCGAGGACAACCACUGCGUUCAGUUGAAAUUGGACGGGGGCAAGACCCAGUUUUUUGAGUCGCAGCACGACGACGACCCCCGCGAUUCGCGGGACUUCGAGGCGCACAGCCAGUUGGUGAAGGAUAUUUCCAACGUCCUAAUCGAGAACCAUCUCAACUGUGGCAGUGCGGAUCUCGAUUGGGUGUCGGUGCGCCUCAAGGCGAUGUUGUUGCCGAAUAAGGCGCCCCCGGGGCAGCCGCAGCACCCGCAUUUCCUUUGCGGAGACGACAAGGUGACCUGGGAGCACGUCGGGGGCGACCCCGCCAACGUGCAGGACGUUGAGAAGUUGCUCAAGAACCUGAAGGACCCUUACACGGACGAGCGCAGGAAACCCGACGUGGUGGUGAUCUUGUCCACGCAGGGGCUGCCGGAAGCGGACGAAAUACCCCAGAGCUGCCAAGAGAAGCGCAUGCUCGUGAUCAUGCUGCAGCUGCGCCACCUUCUCAACAAGAUCUGGCAGAAGGAGGGGAACGGCGUGCACGUGGUGGUCGAAAACUCAUUGGAUCAGACCGCGGAAUUGGCCCUCGGCCCACCUGGAGGCGAUGACAAGGACAACCCCGGGGUGGCGGCGGACUUUUUGAACAGCCAGGCGAUACAGGCGCGUGCCCUGGUUCAGGCGUUGGCCAACCCAGACAUCCACAGCUGCGUCUCCGAGCUCUGGGACGAGCAGUACCUGCCCAGAUGGAUCUUCGACGUUCGACGCGACGCCGGGGAGCCGAUGCCGAGCUACAGUAGCAGAGAUGACGAGGCCUAUCUCGAUGAGAAGAUCGAGCUCGAGGGCCCCGAGGAUGCCGCUGAGAAGGCCGGGGAGCUGAAUUACAAGCUCCGGGUGUUUGUCAAGACGGGUCUCGAGGAGAUCCCAGGCGAAGACGAUGACGAGGUCGGGGACGGCUACGGAUACUGCGGCGAGCCGGGGGCCUCCUAUGACACCCAGCCUGGGGAGGACACCGAGGAUCUCGAGGAGCCUUUCUACAGCGCCCAGGAGAUCGAGGAGGCGGAGACGGCCGUCGCCGCGGAGCAGAGCGAGCUGGAGCUGGCACCUCGCCAGGUGACCGCGCCCAUCUGGGCGACCUGGGAGCAGGGCGAAGAGUGGAUGCUGAUGAUUGUGAAGCAGUCCGCCUCCAAGGGUUUCGGCAUCCUGGACAUUGGCGCCACCUCCAACAUCGUGGGCAUUGAGGCUGUCAAGAAGCUACGGGGCAUAAUCUACGAACAGACGGGCGACAACACCAAGAUGGACGUCAACCAGAAGUCGACCUGCAUCUUUGGCGACGGCAGCUCCAGGACCUGCUCCGGCCGCGCGACCUUUCCCCUGGAGAUCGCCGGUGUGGACGGCGAGCUCGAGAUCAACAUGCUCGACGCGGAUGCACCGCUUUGGCUGCUGCGGUACUGGAGGGGAAAGGUGAUAGCGAGCAGCCGAUCGAUUGCGAACUCCCAGAUGCCCCUGCAGCCCCUGCAUAUGACCCCCAGAAGCUUGCCGAUGAGGCCCUUGCCAGAGCAGCCUCGCAGGGCCUAA